CCGCCUCCGUUUGGUUCGCUAUCACUGUCCAGUUGAUUCCCGUUUCCCAUUUCCCACGUCUCGCAGUUCGCACAGACACGCACAAAUCACCGAUCACAAUUGAUGAUGGAACCAAUACCGAACAUCUCUACUCCAAACCAUCCUUGUCCGAGGAAUCCCCGUGUCCAGUCGGUGUCCAGUCGGCGUCCAGUGGCACCAUUCCCACUGCGGGGACGUGAAACCGCUAAUCCGCCCAUUAACGCGCAUCCUCAUCCCCCAUCUUCAAACGUCGCGCCACCCCUUUAUCCUGCGCUUAUCCUCCGCUUCCACGCCCUCUCCCUUACCCGAUCGGUCAUCUUGUGAAAGUCUGAAAAAGCCCCAAAGGCCCCGAAUGCU